AUGUUCUUCUACGUUGUCUGUGCACUCCUCCUGCUCAACGCUUUUACUGAGGCUCAACCCUCAGUCGUGCCAUGUGCGGAUCAGGGAGGCGAAUCGUUCUGCCUGGGCCCAUACCACGCGGGCCAAUGCAGCAGUCCGGACUUCCAGCCCAUUGCGCAAAUGUACUGCGCCAAAACAUGUGGUAUUUGUCAUUGA